CCGGCCUCACUUUGCCGUUGUCGCCGUAGGUGUGUGUGGAGGGGGGAAGGGAGCGAGCGAACGCGGCGGUGAGGAGGGGGGUGAGAGUUCAACCGCCAUUGUCCCUGCUAGCUUGCACUCAUGAUUCCUAUAUGCCCGGUAGUUUCUUUCACCUACGUGCCCAGCCGCCUGGGAGAAGAUGCCAAAAUGGCCACCGGCAACUACUUUGGAUUCACCCAUAGCGGGGCUGCUGCCCAGUAUAGGUGCUCACAGUAUGUUUAUCUUUUACUUGACAGUUGUGAAAUUUGAAACUGGGUUGUCAUGGGGUAUGAAGGAGUUUUUAAAUAACAUAGAGGAUUAUUUUUUCCAGCAGCCAGCUUCGGGUGUAGCUUAUUCCCAUCCAACUACAGUUGCCAGCUACACUGUCCACCAGGCACCAGUUGCUGCGCACACUGUCACUGCAGCCUAUGCUCCAGCAGCAGCUACAGUUGCAGUAGCCAGGCCUGCUCCAGUAGCUGUUGCAGCUGCUGCAACAGCUGCUGCUUAUGGAGGCUAUCCUACAGCGCACACAGCUACAGAUUAUGGUUAUACACAGAGGCAACAAGAAGCUCCACCACCACCACCUCCUGUCACUACGCAGAAUUACCAGGAUUCCUAUUCGUAUGUUCGAUCUACUGCCCCAGCUGUAGCUUAUGACAGCAAACAAUACUAUCAACAACCAACAGCAACUGCUGCGGCUGUGGCUGCUGCUGCCCAGCCUCAACCUUCAGUAGCUGAGUCAUACUACCAGACAGCUCCAAAAGCAGGAUAUAGCCAAGGGGCAACUCAGUAUACCCAAGCCCAGCAAACACGACAAGUAACAGCUAUAAAACCUGCAACCCCAAGUCCAGCAACAACUACAUUUUCUAUAUAUCCAGUAUCCUCUACUGUGCAGCCGGUAGCAGCUGCAGCUACUGUUGUUCCAUCCUAUACUCAAAGUGCAACAUACAGUACAACAGCAGUUACUUAUUCUGGUACCUCUUAUUCUGGCUAUGAAGCUGCAGUAUAUUCAGCUGCAUCAUCCUAUUACCAGCAGCAGCAGCAGAAACAGGCAGCAGCAGCAGCAGCUGCUGCUGCAACAGCUGCUUGGACAGGGACCACCUUUACUAAAAAGGCACCAUUCCAAAAUAAGCAACUGAAACCAAAGCAACCUCCCAAACUGCCCCAGAUCCACUACUGUGAUGUUUGCAAGAUCAGCUGUGCUGGACCACAGACUUAUAAAGAACACUUAGAAGGCCAGAAACACAAAAAGAAAGAAGCAGCAUUAAAAGCUUCCCAGAACACCAAUAACAGCAGUACUUCUGCUCGUGGAACUCAGAAUCAGUUGCGCUGUGAACUUUGUGAUGUGUCUUGUACAGGAGCAGAUGCUUAUGCUGCCCAUAUCCGUGGAGCCAAACAUCAGAAAGUAGUAAAGUUGCACACAAAACUUGGCAAACCUAUUCCUUCAACUGAACCAAAUGUGGUUACCCAAGCUGCUACUUCAACAUCCACAUCUGCUUCUAAACCAGCUGCCUCUGCUUCAAAUAUAGCAACUAGCAGCAGUACUGUGAACUCCUCUGUUACAUCCUCUGCAGUAAAAAUUCUUACUCCCACGGCAAAUGCACCACUUAACACUGUGUCCAACAACAAAACAUCUUCAACUGCUGCUAAUAUAGCUGUAAAGAAAAUAUCUCCACCAAAAAUAAACUUUGUUGGUGGUAAUAAACUUCAGACAACAGGAAGUAAACUGGAAGAAAUGAAAUCAGCUGAAAGUGUUAAAGCAACAACUGCUGCUACAAUACAAACACAGGAAGUAAAACCAGACACAGCAGCUGAACCAGUGACACGUACGACUCUUGCUGCCUUGCAAAGUGAUGUCCAGCCAGUGGGCCAUGACUAUGUGGAGGAGGUAAGAAAUGAUGAAGGAAAGGUAAUCCGCUUUCACUGUAAACUUUGUGAAUGCAGUUUUAAUGAUCCUAAUGCCAAAGAGAUGCACUUAAAAGGGAGGCGGCACAGACUUCAGUAUAAGAAAAAAGUAAACCCAGAUUUACAAGUAGAAGUAAAGCCUAGUAUUCGAGCAAGAAAAAUUCAAGAAGAGAAGAUGAGGAAACAGAUGCAGAAAGAAGAAUACUGGAGAAGGCGAGAAGAGGAAGAACGCUGGAGGAUGGAAAUGAGGCGAUAUGAAGAGGACAUGUACUGGAGGAGAAUGGAGGAAGAGCAGCAUCACUGGGAUGACCGUCGUAGAAUACCAGAUGGAGGCUAUCCUCAUGGUCCUCCGGGACCUCUAGGCCUGCUGGGAGUUAGACCAGGAAUGCCUCCUCAGCCCCAAGGACCAGCCCCUUUACGCCGCCCUGACUCCUCUGAUGACCGCUAUGUGAUGACCAAACAUGCAGCUAUAUAUCCAACAGAGGAGGAACUUCAAGCAGUCCAAAAAAUUGUUUCUAUUACUGAGCGUGCUUUGAAACUUGUUUCUGACAAUAUGACUGACCAUGAAAAAAGCAAGAGCAAAGAGGGAGAUGACAAAAAAGACAGUGGUAAAGACAGAGCUUUGAAAGGAGUUUUACGGGUGGGUGUUUUGGCUAAAGGCUUGUUACUUCGUGGAGACCGAAAUGUCAAUCUUGUUUUGUUAUGUGCUGAGAAGCCUUCAAAGAUGUUACUUGGCUUUAUUGCUGAAAGUCUUCCCAAACAACUUGCAGUAAUAAGUCCCGAGAAAUAUGAUAUCAAGUGUGCAGUCCCAGAAGCAGCAAUAAUUUUAAAUUCAUGUGUGGAACCCAAAAUGCAAGUUACUAUCACACUGACGUCUCCAGUCAUUCGGGAGGAGAACAUGAGGGAUGGAGAUGUAACCUCGGGUAUGGUGAAAGACCCACCGGACGUCUUGGACAGGCAAAAAUGCCUUGACGCUCUGGCUGCUCUACGCCACGCUAAGUGGUUUCAGGCUAGAGCUAAUGGUCUGCAGUCCUGUGUGGUUAUCAUACGUAUUCUUCGUGACCUCUGUCAGCGGGUUCCAACUUGGUCUGAUUUUCCAAGCUGGGCUAUGGAGUUGCUUGUGGAAAAAGCAAUUAGCAGUGCUACUGGACCACAGAGUCCUGGGGAUGCACUAAGAAGAGUUUUUGAGUGUAUAUCUUCAGGAAUCAUCCUUAAAGGUGGUCCUGGCCUUCUGGACCCUUGUGAGAAAGAUCCUUUUGAUACACUUGCUGUAAUGACAGAUCAGCAACGAGAGGAUAUUACUUCAAGUGCACAGUUUGCGCUGAGACUCCUUGCAUUCCGUCAAAUACACAAAGUUUUAGGAAUGGAUCCAUUACCACAGAUGAAUCAACGCUUCAGCAUCCAUAAUAAUCGUAAAAGAAGAAGGGACAGUGAUGGGAUUGAUGGGUUUGAAGCAGAGGGAAAAAAAGACAAAAAAGAUUAUGAUAACUUUUAAAAAUGUUUGUCAUUAGUGCUAAGAUUGAAGGUGAUAAAAAGUCCAUUUGUUGCCUUGCUUUUAAAUGGAUAAAAUAAUGUAUGUUUAAAAUAUGCAAAAACAACUCAGUAAUUAGAUUUGUAAGAGAAAAACAUAGCUCUUCUGUGAGAUUGUGAAUAUUUUAAUGAUAUACUGUAUCAGACAUUAUGGAUGGAAAGACUGCAAAUGGAAACUGUCAUUGAAAAAAAGUGUUAAGUUUAUUCCUCAUUACAUUUUCUUUAAAUGUGUUGCUAACUUUAGUCUGCAUCUCUCUUGUGCAUUGAUUUAUCUUAACUGUAUUUAAUGCAGCAUUUGUGCAUCUGUUCCUAUGUGUAUUUUGAUCACUUUUUUAUUUAGAAGGUUUUUUGUUUGCCUUUGACACUAGUUGUAUAAGUUGCAUUCUGUUAGCAUAAACUGUUGCAAUUCAUAUUUUACAGAACUUCAUUUUGUAAAGUGAGACUUCAGGAUUAUGUUUUUGCUUUUGUUUUCCUAAAUGUGAAGGGGUUGCAACACAUAAUUAUCCUGCCAUUUGAGUUCUCAGAAUUAAAUGUUUUUGCCAAUCUUGUGGCAUUUGUCUCUUUAGUGUGAUAUAAUGUGAUAUUAAGACAAAUUUUUGUUAAUCUAAUCAACUUUGCUGUUAGUUGUGUAUUAGCAGUAUAAAAGCUAAUAUAUACAAUAUGGUCUUGCAACAGUUUUAAAGCAGCUGCAUAAUUGAUCAAAGUUUUGCAUGAUGUUUUGAAGUUUUUUAAUACAAGAGCUUUUAAAACUAUCAUUUUAGGUUAAAUGCAUAUGUCUUUCUAUGAUUGACUUUGUGACAUAGCAAGGUCAAAAUAUAACUUUCUGAAUUUCCUUUCUCAAUAUACAAGCAGAAGCAGGCAUUUCCCAUUUAGACAUAGUAAUUCUUUUCAGUCCACUUUGUUGAUAUUAAUGCCUCUCAGCCCUUAAAAUACCCAUUUGUCAUAUCAGUGCCUGUAAGGGCAUUCCUUAUAGCUAUUUCUGUAUAGACUCUCAGUGAUUUUUUUUAAUAAUUCAAAAAUUUAAAAGUUAAGUAUAACUGAAAAAGUGAACAUUAUUAAAGGAAAAAAGUAACCCUGAAAAUUGUUUGAUGUAUGCCUAUGUCUCUUUCAAAAAGCUAAGUAUAGCGGUGGUGUAGUAAUGUUACACCAUACUGUUGAUGUAUGCUCUAGUACACAGAUGUGAUUUGUUGUCACAGCACUACUGUGGAAUAUGCAGCUAAAAGCUAAAAUGUAUUAAAUUACUAAAAUUCAUUAUACACUUGAAGUUUCCCUCGUUCUGUUCAGUCUGUAUUAUGCUUUGUUGCAAACCCAUAAAACUUGCAGAUAAACAUAGACUAACAUUCUGGUAACUAUUGAUGGCUGUAGGAGCGUAUCACACAUUACAAAGACUAUUUGUUAUUUCUGGUACAAUUAAAAACCCUUUUUGUUCCA